GGUAAUUUUGUAAAUGUAUUAAAUCUUAGUAAAAAAGUUUUCAAAAAAAAAAAAAAAAAUGAAAUUAACAAUUUUCUGUUACAUGGUGUUAUUUGUGUUUUCAAUUUGCGGCGAUGAUUAUUUCAAACCCGAGGAUGUAAGUUAUCCAUUAAUUGAACCCAAAAGAAUGGAAGCGAGAGAUGUGCCUUAUUUUGUCUUCAUAAACACACCAGCAGAGGAUCAAAAAUACUGUGGCGGAGCAAUUAUAAGUCAAACUUUUAUUUUAACUUCUGCUACAUGUUUUUCAUUCUCAAAACCAUCUACUGUUUUUGUUGAAGUUGGAUCUACAAAGUAUAAUGUAUCUAAAAUAAUUAAACACGGUAAUUAUGGAAAUCCCAAAUGGGAUUUUGAUAUUGCGAUAAUUGAGCUCAAAGAAUCGUUAAGUUAUUCAUCGAUAGCUAGACCAAUUGAGUUACCAAAUCGAAUUGAAUAUCUGAACGAACCUGAAUGGUGUAAUGUGACAGCGUAUGAUAUAUCUAUUUCAUCAAAUAUGACAAAACCAACAAUAUACACAGUUCGGUUACCGGUUGUGGGCCUUGAAAAAUGUCAAAAAUUAUUUUUGAUUAAUGACGAAUUCCAAAUUACGAGACAUACUCUAUGUGUGGGACUUGUUAAUAUUGAGGCAACUAGAAGUUAUGUCUAUAGAAACAAAGGUGCUCCAUUAAUUGCAUUAGGGAAACUACAAGGUAUUGGAAUGAGUACAGCAGUCGAUGAAGAUCAUCCACACAUUUUUGCAAGAGUUUCAAGUGUUCGUGAAUGGAUUCGACGAAAUACUGGUUUAUGAAUUGUUAUAGUAAAAUUUAAGGUAGUACGAUUGCCAAGGCAAUUUUAGAC